CUGGAACAAAAAGUUGACGAUAAAUCUGCACCAAAAUUCGUGUCUAUUGCUGUACAAACCGAGGAAGUAAACAUUCAGGAAAAAAUAACCGAUACUGCGUCCGUAAAAGACGAGAAUAGUGGCAGUAACAACAAUGCAUAUUCGAAAACUAAUGUUUUCCUUGUUCCACAAACACCGAAACUUCCUAAGACUUUCGAGGAAAAAGAGUCAACGCGAAGAUUGAUCGUCGUAUUAGACAAAGCGUGUUUAGAAACUUAUAAGUAUUUGCCCACUUUACCUUCCGAUCAUUCAAUUUGUAUUGCCAUUGGAGCUAUGGCUCACGGAGUAGAUAAUUUUGCAGACAAUUGGGUAGAUGAAAAAAUUGGUAUCUCACAAUAUCCACUUUCUGCUGCGGUUGCAUGUUCAAGGUUUUGUUACGAAUUGGAAAACCUUUGGGGCAUUUGGUAA